UUAACCUAAAGAUGUUCAAGCCGAGAACACGUAAUUUAUAUACGUCUGUACGUUUUGGGAGGAGAAUCUGUCUUACAGACUUUGGAGGUAGCGUUGUAUUGCCACAGCAUCCCACCUUGCGCUCAGGAAAACCCAAACUGCCAGAUUAAAUGCUGGUUGAGUCACGUACACACCAUGAGAAUAGUCAGUGUUGAUCUUCAACAGUGAGGCUUCAGACUUCAGUGCUGAGCUAGGCUCACUACCACCACUCCGACGCAAGUCAGCGCCAACCUUUCUGCACACUACAAGCUGCUCUCUUUUAAACAGUCGUCACAAUACCAUCGCGUCGUCAAUGUUAUAACUGGCAAUUAUCAUAGUGUGUAAACGGUAGUAAAACGUCUUCCAAACUCCAUCAUAUAUUACAAUUUGUAAUAUAUGAUACCUUGCAUUGGACAUUUUACACCUCCGAGAACGAUGUUUAGGUGGAUGUUGGCGUGGGUGCUGACGAAGGCGGUGCUGGUGAUAGCACAAUCUGUACCCAACAGCCAGCAUGCUGGGUGUCCGGUGGUGCCGUCCCUGCUGCAGGCUGCAGGCUUCAGCCCCUCCUGUGUAGCCACCGCCCUCGCCACCUGCACCGGCCAGGAAGAAGCCCAAUUCAUAUCAUUAAUAAAGGAGACGAUGUCAGCUGUGAGGACAGCAAUAGAAGACAACACCACUAACAGGAAACGUCCGCGACACUGCCGAGACCUUCUGGCCGCUGGCGACACCGGGGCCGGCAUCCGGCAGGUGUACCCGUUCCUCAAGCACCCGGAUGCCUCCGUCACCGUUUACUGUGACCAAACUGUCGACGGCGGCGGCUGGACCGUAUUUCAGAGACGACGCAACAUUACUGAACGGGAAGACUUCUACCGUACAUGGGUCGAGUAUCAGCUUGGAUUUGGUCAUCUAGAGGGCGAGUUCUGGCUGGGUCUCGACCUUCUCCACGAACUCACUUCUGUCACCCUUCAGGAACUGAGGAUUGACCUUAAGAAUUACGAGGGAGAACAACGAUGGGCAAAGUACGGACGCUUCAACAUAGGGUCUCCCCACACACAUUAUCGCAUCAGCGUCGGAAGAUACACGGGCGACGCAGGAGACGGGCUGGGAGGCGCCAGGCACGACGGGUACCCCUUCUCCACCCACGACGCUGACCAUGAUAGUGAUGGUACAAACUGUGCUAGCUCGUACCGUGGCGCCUGGUGGUAUGACAAAUGUCACAUCUCCAAUCUGAACGGCUACCAGUAUGUUGGUAAACACGACAGCUACGCGGACGGUAUCAACUGGCAGCCGUGGAAGGGCUACCAUUACUCUCUCCGGGAGACUACCAUGAUGUUCAGACCCGCCUUCUGAAUGGUUCCUAUCAGGUCGCCCGCCACGGUUCUUGACCACGUGACCAGACCACGUGACCAGACCACGGGACCAGACCACGUGACUAGACCACGUGACCAGACCACGGGACCAGACCACUCCCACACCUGCAAGGCUUCGCCACCACUGCUGUUAAAUACACAAUAUCCGCUGGAUUAGUAUAAGGGACUUAAUGCGUCUGUAUUAGUCUGUAAAAUUAAAACUUUUCGCAGUUUAGUCACUAAACUAUGCAACUCUACUCGUUCAAUACUUUAGUACUUACUAAAUUACCCUUAUUGUUAUUAUUGAUGGAAUCUAGAAUUAUUGUAAAAUAAAGUCCUUUCUACUGUAAAAUAGUCUAAUAGGGGGGUACAGGUGUUAGCUACUUACUCUGACUUGUAGUAGUAAUGUUAACCUUGCCCUUUAUGUGUAUUCUGCAUUUACUGGUUAAUUUACCAAUUUACAUUAUGUAUUGGAAUGGGCCAUUAUUAUCUGCCACGUGUUAGGACAAUAUAUGCUACUCUAAAUGCACUAAUUCUCAAGGAAAAAUAUGUUAGACAUUUGCCUUACUUUUACUCAUAGAUAAUAAGUAUUCGGUUUUCUGCAGAUCUUGAUUUAGUUAGUUCCCGGCUAUAAGCAUAUGUAUUAAUGUUAUUAAGUUGCAGUUAUAGUACUCACAGUUAUACAUGUCCAUGUUACGCAGUUGUAAAAUAUACAAGUUAUAGCCGCUUCACUAACAGGGUCUGCAGAAAAUAUUUACUUGUUCUGCUAAUAAAUAAAUAGGCCCCCACGC